AUGGUUAACUGGAUUGCAACGACUUUUACAGCGCUCGCGGGAGCAGCAGUAUCGACUGCAUCCCUAAGCACUGGUGCUCUUUCGACGCAGAGCCAAGAACCCGUUCGUUUGAACUUGACAGGCCAUAUAUCCGCGGAUAAGGUCCUGGAGUUCAUUUUUGCAGACUUUGAUGUCCCGGAAGGAACGACGUCUAUUUCCGUGCUUCAAAAAUACUCUUUGAAAGGCAAAGGUAACGCCUUGGACCUUGGAUGUUGGGAUCAGCAGGGCCACCGUCUGGCUCUUGAUGGGAAUUUUACUACUGGGUUUCGUGGAUGGUCUGGUGGUGCAAGGAAUAACUUUACCAUCUCCCCGGAAUAUGCGUCUCCUGGAUACAUUGCUGGUGCAAUCCAGCCAGGUACCUGGUCAGUGGCUCUUGGGCCGUAUAAGUCUGUCCCCGAAGGCAUUGACUAUGAGUUAACCGUGGAACUCGGAUUUGAGCCGAUCAAGUCUUACUUUCAACCGGCCUUUGCACCCAGCCGUAUCGAUAGCAGCCUCUACAUGAACCAAUCCUCUGAUAACAAUGAACGUUCAGGGAGCAACAUGGGGCAGUCUAGCUUCAAGUGGUACCGGGGCGACUUUCAUGUUCACACUAUACACUCCGAUGGCAAAGAGACGCCUCAGACAGUCAUUGGGCUCGCUCAAGAAGCCGACCUUGCUUUCUUUUUCAGCACGGAUCAUAAUACACAAUCAUCUGACCUGAUAUGGGGUGCCGUCGCUCCACCGUCAAUGCUUGUUGGAAGAGGUAUCGAAGUUACUACUCGCGGCGGGCAUUGGAACGCUAUAGGCCUUAACUGGAAUGAAUGGGUAGAAUUCCGCUACAAGGCCGACAACAACCCUGGUAUCACUCAGGCUGUCGCCCAAGUCCAGAGCCAGGGAGGACUUGCUGUUAUUAACCACCCGUUUACCUACAUUGAUUGCCUUGCAUGCGAUUGGUCCUAUGACUUUGAUAUAAUGGACGGGAUCGAAGUCUGGAACGGUAACUGGGAUGAUACCGAUAGAAAGGCCGUGGAUAAGUGGCACAGCAUGCUUGUGCAGGGCUCAAAGAAAUUUGCUAUCGGUGGCAGCGAUUAUCAUAAGUCUCCAUCUGCCAUUGGCACGCCCACUACAAUCGUCCGCGCACAAAGCCUGUCGACCGCACAUAUUGUGGACAGCCUGCGUAAUAAUCGGGCCUACCUUGUCCGCGACCCAAAAAUAGAUAUCCAAUUCACUAUUGUUGACCAUCACAGUGGCACCACUCAUAUCGGCGAUAGAGUCAAUGGGGAUAAAAGCCAGAGCCCAUUAUCUGCAGUUGUUGGAGUUCAUGGUCUCCCCGAAGGUUCUGUUGCUGUCAUUAUAUCUGAUAAAGGUCCACUUGAGCAUAUGGCUAUCCCACAGCAGGACAGCACUCUUCGUUUAAAAUUCAGUCGAAAGUACGCCUUCGUCAGAGUGGAAAUACAGGACUCAAAGGGCUCCAUGUUAGCUUUAACAAAUCCAAUUUGGAUAUAA